CAGAAUAUUCUUCAACGAAACAAAGACUAUAAUGCCGUUAUAAUCAAUCAAUAUCAUCAUCUAUAUCCACAACGCCGUCGUUUCGAUCCCUUUCAAGUUUCAAUCAAAUCACCGUUCCUUCGCCAUUCUCCGCUUAAACUCUCCGUCGAUCUCAACAACCUCCGACCUCAUCUCCGAUCCUCCAACCACAAUUCCUCAUCGUCUCAACGAUUUAGGUCUGAUUUCGUUGCUGAUUUUCGAUCAUAAGAGAAAUUAGCGAUUUUAUUUUUGUGGAGACGAUGAGUACCGUGUUUGAAGGAUAUGAACGUCAAUACUGUGAGCUUUCUUCUAAACUAUCCAAACUUUGUACUGCAGCUGCUGCUCUUAAUGGAGAGCAAAAGAAGCAAAAUAUUUCAGAUAUAAAGGCUGGAAUCGAUGAGGCAGAAGCUUUGAUUCGGAAAAUGGAUCUGGAGGCAAGAAGUUUGCAGCCAAACAUUAAGGGUGUACUUCUUGCUAAGCUGCGGGAAUACAAAUCAGAUCUGAACAAUAAUAAAAGCGAACUUAAGAAACUUGUAUCCGGUAACAUGAACCCUUCUGCCCGGGAUAUGUUGUUGGAAUCAGGCAUGGCUGAUGCUAUGACGGUAUCAGCUGAUCAAAGAGACAGAUUAAUGUUUUCAACUGAGAGGUUGAACAAAUCUAGUGACAGAAUUAAGGACAGUAGGAGAACAAUGUUGGAAACGGAAGAGCUUGGGGUUUCAAUCCUUCAAGAUUUGCAUUCUCAGCGACAAUCUCUACUGCAUGCACAUGACACGCUUCAUGGAGUGGAUGAUAACGUAAGCAAGAGCAAGAAAAUUUUGUCUAACAUGUCUAAAAGGAUGAACAGGAACAAGUGUAUUAUUAGCACCAUCGUUGCGGUCCUGGUUCUUGUUAUCAUGUUGACUCUCUACUUCAAACUUUCAAAAUAGACAAUACCAGACACCUCUUAAAUCGCCAAGAUGCAAGGCUUUAUAAGAAUCUCUCUUUUUUUAUUUUCUGGUCCUUAUUAUUCAGAAAAAGAUGAUAUGUUUAUAUUGUGCAGUGCCGGAAGCAAAUUUGAAAAUGUUUGCUUCUUUAAAUAUGUGUCUCGUGCUGGCUUUGUCAUGUAAGUAUUUCAUUUAUUUUAUGUAACGAUCAUGAAGUUGAUAUGAUACUAAAAUGUAAUGUCGUUAUGUUGUAAAUUUAGUCUAAUCCAUUGGAUUAAAAUGUUGUUCAUGAUAUGAUGCGUGUAAAUCAUCUGCCGA